AUGUCUCAGUAUCCACCGACUCGUCCCUGGGCAGCUCUUAGCGCCAUUGACCGAGAUCACGAGUCGGGACUCUUCUACGAAGAUGAUGUUCCUCACACCGCAAAGAUGACUGUUAACAUGAGUCAACCUGACUUCGAAGACCGGGGCCCCAGCAUGGCUGAAAAUCUUCGUGUUAUUGCGGAACGCAGUGCAGCUCGUCGGAAUGGAACUGCUAUGAACAAGAACGAUAUGUUUUCCAAGCCAUUGCCACCCAUUCCUCAACAGGAAGCCCCCCAGUCGGCCGCCACAGUUGGUCAGGAGGGUGUUGUUCAAGGUUCUGGGGACAACAUCGACAAGAUGAGCAUUCAUUACGUGCUUGAUAGAUCCAACAUGCAUGGACGCCACGAUCAAUCCUCAUUUGCUCAACGUGAAGCUUCUCAAAUUGCUACUCAAGUUGGCCAGAAAGCAGUUGCCAAUGGUUGUGUGCACUCAAGUGAGAAGAUCAAACUGAAUUUGCUUCUUGAUGGAUGCAAGCUGGAAGGAUAUGACGAUGAGACUCCAUCUAUUCAACCCAGUGGAUCUGAGCCGACCCUCCCACCCCUUUCGUAUCACUCCUACAAUACGCAAGCCACCUACGCCAACUCCUCCUCUGCUUACGGUUGCUUGGCUCGGGAAUAUGAUGCUCUGUAUGAUGCUCCUGCAUCCGAGACCCCUGGUUCUCAAGUCAAUCCCAGCCCUUAUCGCAACGGUGACAGUCCAACUUCGUGGUACGAAUCUUCACCCACUUGCUACGAGUUUUCUCCGGGUCCUCAGAUUGCAUUGGUUCCCAACACUACCCCGGUGCACGAAAUCAAGGAAGAAAAUCAAUUCGCAGACCUGGGGGCCACCAUCGAUGAGCUGCUUGCCUUGAUCAACCCGGAAAAAGAAUACUCACGCCUUGCGAAUGACAAUCACAGCCCAGAAAGUUCAUCUUCUGCUUACCAUUUCACUACCCCCAGCUCGGUGUCUACAGAUAUCUACCAUGCGGAUCAAUACUCUAGCCUUGCUUACCAGGCUCCAGACUUCGUCAUUCGUGAUGCUGAGAGCCCUGCAAGCCCCGACACCAUUCGUGGAGUCACACCUGCAUCGCCAGCAUGGUCCCCGCCAUCCCCUUGUCCCAAGGGAUGUUGCUAUUGGUCUUCGGAUGAUGAAGCCACUGCAUCUCCUGAACCUCAGUUCGAUCGGGAAUGGUCUGCUUCCGAUGUGUCUCUGCAAGAGUCACCUAUGUUGCCUUCUCUUCCUCAUGUCGCUUCAUAUCCAUCUUCUGAGCGUCGUGCCAGCUACCUAAAAUGGAGAGAGGAGAGAGCGCACAUGAUUAGUGCCGAGGAGGCUCUUGUCCCACGGCAAUUGAACGUGAUGAAGAAGGCCACUUUCACCAUGGAUGUCCCUAUCCACAACGUUUCCCAGCACCAGGCAGCCGUCCACACGUCUGAUUCUACCGAUGAGGGCCCUAGCCGCGCAGCUUCCUUCGUCAGCAAUUAUUCCGAUGUCAGCAACACCAUCAGCAGCGCAACUCUGAGUCCUGUCCCCCGCAGCCCUGAUGUCUCCAGUUCUGAGGGCUCCGUGGACUCUCGUGGAAUCAAGCGCAAGCGAUUUACCAAGACCCUCUUUGGUAAGAAAGGAUACCUUGAUGACUACGAGGGGCGGCGCGACACGAGAUUCCGCUUCUUUAAGGAGGCCAUCGAAAGGGGACAUUCAACCUUUGGCAAUAUUAAAGGAAUGUUUUGGGAUGAGAAUCGAGGUUUGAUCAGCCCAUCAACCAAACCCAGCAUCGUCACUGAGAACACUGCUCCCAUUACUCUGAACACCGAGGUACAGUCGAUUCUGUACGCCGAGAUUGAGGGCAUGAUCACCCACGCCGCCAACGAAUUCCUGAUGAAGGAGUACUAUGACGGUCACCUCUCUACUAGUUCUCUCCAAAAGGUGAAAAGAAGAUGGGAGAAGAAGCACAUGCCUGGUGUCCCUGAAUUCCGUUUCGACCAAGGUACCCAGUACCGCAUUAUCAGCGCAAACCGCGAGCAUCUCAACUUCGGUCGACCCAGCAACGGCCUUGGCCGGAACACCGUUCUGGGUAACUGGAAGCGGAUAUGGAAGAAUAUGAGCAUCCGCACCUUCGUGUCUCCCGAUUCGGUUAUCAAGAAGAACAUCCACGAUAUCAUGGAUCUCCUGGAGCUUUUGAACGCCAGGGAAGGUCACCUUGAACUGCUUAUGGCCCUCGAUGCGCAUGUUCGUGGACAGCUGCAGAAGCACGAGAUGUUGCUGUACUACUGA